AUGUACAGGACGAUGGUGACAAUCCGCAGAUUCGAGGAGCAGUCACGACGAGAGGCCGACGCGGGCAAGCUGCGUGGGAUGCACUCUUCCAUCGGCCAGGAGGCGGUGCCGACCGGUAUCUGCGCCCAUCUGCGAGACGACGACUACGUCCUUGGCACGCACAGGAGCCACCACCACUGCAUCGCCAAGGGUGUCGAUCUGAGCGAGAUGAUGGCGGAACUGCUCGGCAAGUCGACAGGUACCAACAAGGGCAAGGGCGGCACCAUGCACAUCGCCGACAUAAACAAGGGAAUGCUGGGAGCGAACGGCGUCGUAGGCUCGAACAUUCCUGUGGCGACGGGCGUCGGCCUGAGCGCCAAGGUGAGGGGUACCGACCAGGUAAGCGUGGUCUUCUUCGGAGACGGCGCUUCCAGCCAGGGGGUGCUGCACGAGUCUAUGAACCUCGCGAGCAUCUGGAAGCUACCGGUGCUGUUCGUGUGUGAGAACAACCGAUACGCUGAGUCCACGCCUUACGAGUUCACUGUCGCGGGAGCGUCGGUCGCCAACCGCGCCGCCGGGUACGACAUGCCGGGCGUCUCCGUUGAUGGGCAGGACGUGGUCGAGAUGCACGAGGUCGCGGCUGAGGCCGUGAGCCGCGCGCGCAACGGCGAUGGUCCGACGCUGAUCGAAGCCCAGACUUAUCGCUACCAGGGCCACUUCGGAGCGGACGAUCCUCUCGGAUACAGGACCCAGGAGGAAGAGGACUACUACGAGGCGCGGGACUGCCUAGUCAGGAUCGAAAGUCACAUUCUGGAUGGCGGAUUCGCCACCGAGUCCGAGCUCAGGACAAUCGACGAGGAGUGCGUACAGGCAGUCUCGGACGCGGUAGCCUUCGCAGACGACAGCCCGUUCCCCGACUCCGAAGAACUGAUGACGGACGUCUAUGUGAGCUAUGCGUAG